CGCUAGAUGCCGCUUUGGACGUAAUAUUUUGACAAGAUCAGCGGGACUUUUAAUUUUGUCAUAUUAGUUAAUCAAAAUUUCAAGUAAAGUGACUUAAAUUUUGGAAAUAUUCACGGAAAUUCUAAUAAUUAAUAUCUGAUUAAAAUGACUUGUGCGAGAUGUGGUUGUGGUGUUUAUAGAGCCGAGGAUCAAAUUAUUAUGACCAAAGUGUGGCACAAAUGUUGUUUUCGAUGCGGUAAUUGUAAUUGUUUAUUGAAUAAAUAUUCGGCUAGACUUUUUCAAGGAGAUAUAUUUUGUGACCGCUGUUAUGGUAUGAUAAUUGAUGAUUUAGAAUCAUUUUCUCAGCCAGUACACAAAACUUGUCGAGUAGUUUCUUCGCCAAAUUGUAUUUGUGCAAAAGAAGAUACCGGGCAUUUAAAAAAUACGGUUCCCGCACCAACUUUCAAUUAUUGUAAAAAAUACGAUAUACAUAUACCAUCGGAUUUAAAGAAUAUUUCAUCAAAGGCUAUUAAAUCUUGUAGUUGUUUACCCGAUCUCAAUAAAGACAAGUCGUAUUGUUUUGCUUUCCCAAUUCCAAGAGAGGUAGCAAAUUACUACAACAGAAUUAAUAUGAGAAGGAGACAGGGUAAUCCCAAACAUCUUUAUGCCGAAGAUAGACCUGAAACGUCUCCCAGACGUACAGAAAUGGGUCCUUGCAUUACUAUACGCACUGUAUCUCCUUCAAGAAAACAUCGUUCUUCUAAAUAUCGUGGACAUUGCCCUGAAAACAAUCAGGAUUACAUUGCUAGAUGUUGUUGCAAACAAACUCCAGAAAAUUAUUGUUGUUGCGUGAACGACACGUCGCGAUUUCCUAAACAGGAGUGUACUUGUUGUCAUAUACGCGGAUGUUCACCAAAUAGAAGGACGACGUCUCCUCCAAGAAAAAGUCCACCUGAACAUUGUCCCCGUUGUUGUUCUGAAUACUCUAAAAAUUUCAAUCGUCCCCCGAUUCAUCGUAGACCAUCUAGCGAUCCCGAUUUCACCGAUAAUAAAAUACACAUUUGUUAUACCGAUUGUCCCAAAAACAGGGAAUCAAAUAAAUGUUGUAAAUGUCGUUAUCAUAAUCAGGAUUACGUAGACAGUUAUCAUCAUUCGGAUCAUUCGGAAGACGUUAAUGAUCGCACCGCCCUCGGUCCCAUAUGUGCUUGUCCCAUUCACGAUAAUAGUAAUCGCGAAAAAUCUGAUAAAGGGAUGCAGAACUGCGUUUGCGGCAAACUGAAUCCUUGCAAUUGCAAAAUUAGUCGGAUCAGGGACGAAUGUACAUCUAUAUGUAUCAGAUGUAAUCGAAAGGUGUAUGCUGCUGAAAAAAUAUGUAUAUCUAGUGGUCCAUUUCAUACGAGCUGUUUUUCAUGUUAUUGUUGUCAUAAAUUGUUGGACGUUAAAAACGUUUACGAGCACAAAGGCGAAAUAUACUGUAAAAAUUGUUAUAACAAUUUUACGGGCAAUCAGUAUUACGGAUACGGAGUUUCACAAUGCUUUUAAAUUUCAUUGUUUUGUUAGAACCAUGAUAAAUAAAAUUAUAUCAAAAAAAAC